AUGCCUCAAAUGAUAUGCAAGGAUCAAUGCAAAUUCUAUCAGCCCCAGCCUCCACCUCACAAAUAUCAUCUAUCUGGAGAUUUCAUGAUCGGCAGCAUUGUUUCUCAAAUAUUUAUUGUCUCACCACCUGCUACAUUCACAGAAGAACCUCUACCUGAAUUGUUCAGUGAGAUUAACAUACUGACAAACUAUUAUCAGCAGAUCCUGGCUGUAGCAUUUGCAGUAAAGGAGAUCAAUGAAAACCCUCAGAUUUUACCGAAUGUCACCUUGGCUUUCCAUAUUUAUGACAGCUAUUUAAAUGCAAAAUGGACUUACUAUUCUACAAUGCUACUUAUAUACACAUUAGGAAGAUUUGUCCCUAAUUAUCUGUGUGAUAUUCAACAUAAGGUCACUGCAGUCAUUGGGGGACUGGAUUCUCAAACUUCCUUUGAUGUGGCCACCAUCUUGAGCCUCUACAAGAUUCCACAGCUCACAUAUGGCAUUCUUCCAAUGGCAACUAACAAAGCUCCAGGCUUUUUCUUCUACCAGAUGGCCCCAAAAGAAGCACUUCAAUAUGUAGGUGUUCUUUCAUUAGUUCUGCACUUUCAGUGGACAUGGAUUGGACUUGUUGCUAUGGAUGAUUAUAAUGGAGAAACAUUUAUUCAAACAAUGCUUCCAUUGUUUUCAAAGCACUCUGUAUGCUUUGCCUUUAUUGAAAGACUUCCAUUGGUACGUGAAGUCAAAAUAGACUUAGUGUACCAAAUAAUAAAAGCAUAUUAUGAUAUGAUGAAAAACAAAGCUACUGUAAUUGUGUUAUAUGGAGAAUCUUACACCAUAGCAUAUUUGCGAUGGUUGCCAUAUCUAGAACUAGAAGAAGAAAAGACAAGCAUGCCAAUAGGUAAGGUAUGGAUUAUGGUUGGACAGAUAGACCUUGUUUCUUUUGCCUAUCAGAGAGAUUGGAAUACAGACAUACUCCAUGGUGCUCUAUCCUUCGCAAUUCGCUCCAGUGAGUUACCGGGUUUUGAGCCAUUUGUUGAGAAUAUAAAUCCUUCCAACAAAAAAGAAAACGGUUUUAUAAAGGAUGUUUGGGAACAUUCCUUCAAGUGUUUUCUUCCUAAUACAACUAUGGAUAAGGUACAGAAUAAUAUUUGCACUGGAGAAAAGAUAAAGACUCUUCCUGGGACUUUGUUUGAGAUGAAAAUGACUGGCCACAGCUAUAGCAUUUACAAUGCUAUUUAUGCUGUGGCUUAUGCAUUACAUGCUGUAAUCUCAUAUAGACUUAAACACAGGAUAACGGUGGAUAGAAGAGGACCAAAAUCUCAUAUUCUGUUAUUAUGGCAGCUCCAUUAUUAUCUGAAAAUUGUAUCUUUUAACAACAGUGCUGGUGACCAUAUUUCUUUUGACCACAAUGGGGAGUUAGUAGUGGGAUUUGAUGUGAUCAACUGGGUCAUUUCUUCAAAUGAAUCCUUUUACAGAGUGAAAGUUGGGUGGUUGAAUCCUGGGACUGUUUCAGAACAAACUUUCACCAUCAAUAAGGAUGCCAUAAAGUGGCACAGAUGGUUUAAUCAGGCACAACCUCUUUCUCUAUGCAGUGAGAAUUGCAAACCUGGUACAAGAAAGAAAGUGAAAGAAGGCGAGCCGUUUUGUUGCUACAUCUGCAUCCCAUGUCCUGAAGGAAAAAUUUCAGAGGAGCAGGAUAUGAAUGAUUGCUACAACUGCGAAGCUGAAAAAUAUCCAAGCAAGAGUCAAGAUUUCUGUAUUCCUAAAACUGUAACCUACUUAUCUUAUGAGGAAUAUAUGGGGAUCACUUUAGCUUUCCUUGCCCUUUUAUUUUCUUUGGUGACAGCUUUGAUGCUUGGAACAUUUAUAAAACAUCACAACACUCCCAUUGUCAAGGCCAAUAAUAGGAACCUCACCUACAUUCUCCUUUUGUCUCUUCUGCUGUGUUUUCUUACUGCGCUAUUGUUCAUUGGCUGCCCCCAGAAGGUGACAUGUCUCUUCCGACAAAUUACUUUUGGCAUUGUGUUCUCAGUGGCUCUUUCUUGUCUGCUGGCCAAAACAAUCACUGUGGUUUUGGCAUUCAUGGUCACGAAACCAGGAUCUAGGUUGAGAAAGUUGGUGGGAAAGAAACUGGCCAAUUCUAUUGUAAUUUCCUGUUCUCUCAUUCAAAUACACAUUUGUGCCAUAUGGUUGAUAAACUCUCCUUCAUUCCCAAAUGCUGACAUCCAUUCAAUGUCUAAAAAAAUUGUAUUGGAAUGUGAUGAAGGGUCUGCACUCAUGUUUUACUGUGUGUUGGGCUACCUGGGCUUCUUGGCUAUUGCCUGUUUCACAGUGGCUUUUUUUGCCAGAAAGUUACCUGAUAGUUUCAAUGAAGCAAAGUUCAUCACUUUCAGCAUGUUGGUCUUCUGUAGUGUUUGGUUAGCCUUUGUUCCUUCCUAUCUGAGCUCCACGGGAAAAUACUCAGUAGCUGUGGAGGCGUUUUCUAUUUUAUCUUCCAGUGCUGGAAUGCUAGGUUGCAUUUUUCUCCCCAAAUUUUACAUUAUUGUUCUGAGGCCUCAAAUAAACCACAGGGACAUGCUAAGAAGAAUAUGA